AAGGAACACUUUUUUCGUGGCGAGGGGUAUAGAUGCCAAGUGGCCACUCCGACGGUGUGGCACGCGAUUUGGUCAAAGGAUAUGUCCAAGUGUCCUGCACAUUUGGCUUCUGCCGUGCAGGCCUUGCAGUCCAAGUGUCCUGCACAUUUGGCUUCUGCCGUGCAGGCCUUGCAGAGUCUCCCUCUAGGUCAUCCCUCUUUUCAAUGGCCACCUCUUCGUUUUCCCGAUGACGUCGUUCCGCCGCCCCCAUCGACCGCUGCCCCCUCGCAAGUGGCGCCAUCUCCAUGUGCACCACUUGCUCCCCUCCCCCCUCGUCCGCUUCGUCAGACGAUUCCCGCAUCCGUUGAUGGCAGACCAUCUGUGGCAACACAGCCUGAUGCGCAAGGCACCAUGCCAGUUUCAGGUGUCGGGGAACCUGUGCCGUUCGACGAGCAAGGCACUCRUGCUUUCGUCGAGGGCGGUGGGUGGGGGAAGGACGCUGGCACAUCUUCAGGCCUCGCCCCGUUGUUCAAUGGCAACAGGGACAAGGUCCCAAGAGUUCGAUGCACAGACACACGUCCGGCCGUGGCAGGAGCACCCGCAACAGGACAUCAAUCCGCUGCGUAUCCAUGGUUGCCUCCCCCUCCUUCGCAAACACGACGGCCUACACCAGACUUGACUUCGGCACCUGUUGGCGAGGCCGCUGCAACGGCCACUGAGGGUGCGGGAAACGUCCAGCUCGACGAGCCCGUCCAGGUUUCGGAUUCGUCACCCGCUCCUGUGUCCGUGAACGGCCCGACCUCGCAGCACGGUGUUUUUGGGACACUGGAUCCUUUACAGAAUCUGCGCAACAUUGCAGCUCCGAGUCCAGGCCCCACCGCAUCACCUGCGGCCGGGGGCGGGGUGUGGGAUUCGCUAGGUAUGGGCGCCGGUGCACGAGUGAGGGGCACUUACAGGCAGCAGGCAGUGACCUCGUAUUACAACGACCCGCUGGAGCACGCAUGGCACCUGCAGAUCAUGCGAUUCAUUGUCGAGAGCGGCAUGCCGUUCAACUGUGUGAAGCUUGAGAGCUUCAAACGCAUGUUGACGUUGAUCAUCYCGCCUGGGGUUCCAGGAGUCCCCAUCCCAAAACCCCCAACGUAUCACAUGAUCCGUACCACACUUUUGGAUGAGCUUGAUGUGGAAGUCCAAAAGUGUGUGAAACCUGUCCUCGCUACUGCAGCUACCUACGGUUGCACGAUAAUGAUAGACGGUUGGACCAACAUUCGGGGCCAAACGUUGUGCAACUAUCUCGUCGGCACUACACGGGGCGCCACAUACGUCGCGACAGAUGUUAUGCGAGGAAAGAAGGAUGCCACUGCUCUGGCGCAGGCUUGGCUGCGAAGGUUGAAGUCCCUUGACAUCAAGCUCGCGGACAUCACCGCUUUCGUCACAGACUCUGCCAGUUCGAACGUUUCUGCGAUGGAGGUGUUCCAGAAGGAUGAGAGUGUCAAGCACAUCUUCWRGAUUCCUUGUKKGGCACACGUCAUGGACCUCAUCCUUGAGGACAUYGGCRGCAUUGACUGGGUGGCGACCCGCAUUGCUCAGGCGCGUUUGGUCACAAAGUUUUUCAAGCGUCAUAGCCACGCUCGCGAAGUUUUGCAAGCUUUCACGACGAAGGCUUUGCUGCUUCCCGCCGAGACUCGCUUCGCGACCUCGGAUGUGGGACAACCACUGGCAGCGGCGGAGCAAGAAAGUAUGCUCCCACCUCGCAGUGUUCAACCGCGGCCACCGCCUGCAUUGAUGGAGGGGAGUCAGGGGACCGUUGUUGUGUGUCUAGGCGACGAUCUCCCGGAACGUGAUAUCUCACACACUCCCGCAGCCGAGCAGAGCGCCGCAGACCAUGUCGGCCUCGCAUGCCCCAUCGGCAGUCUUCCGGGUAUCGGCGAGUUACUGACCAUGGACUCUGCGCUCGUUUCUCUACCGGACUUGUCGACGUUGAUAUCCCCAGGUCUACCCCAUGUGUCACCGCCCAAGCCACAACAGCCUGUUGUCAUGGAGCGUGGAUCGGAUGGGUUUGACGUGGCAGGAGGCGAUAUCGCCGAUAUGAUUACGAGCCCAAUGGUGUCUGCCACGCCCAUAAUUUUUCGUAUUGGCAAACUACGCGAGAUGACCCUUGGUUUGGUGGAGACGGCGACGCGACACCGCCGCGACGGUCAGCGCAGCAUCGCACAACGCAGUCUUUCUCAUUCAUUUGACGGCGCAGAGGAAGGGUCUCMUGGUGGGCCAGUUGACACACUCGAAAGAGAAGCAAGACCCCCAAGUCCGCCGUCAAACUUAGAGCAUCAUCCAAUUGCCGCGGCUGUCGGCGCAGAUGCGGGCGUCCCCGUCACAAACAGUGGCGCAGACGCGACAGAACAGCUUGUGGUUGGGUCAUCGGCGACAGCACGGCGCGACAGAGCCACUGUUUUGCCGACAGUGGCAUUCUAUGCCAGCGGGAAGAGUACCUGGGGGAUGGAUGAGCAGGGAGUCCGGAAUGUUGGCAGGUCAUCUGCACCGUCUAUGGGGAAACGAUCCAUUGGGAGUGUGGAUGGUGCUCGGCACACCGCCAUGGACGAGUUUGAGGACCGACACGGGAGUGCUUUGCUGACGAAGACGUCUGAUGUCCAUGCUACGAGAGCCGCAAAGGCGAGUCUUUCUCGGGCAAGGAAGAAGGCCUCGGCAAGGAAGGCGUCACGUUCAUCCUCACAUAUGCGUUCCCGAGAGAGAGGAUCGGGCGUUGUGCAUCUCGAGGACGGAGAGAUUGCACCUGACGGCGACGCAUUGGAUGUUGGAGGGAGGGAUGCAACGACGACGGAUAUCGUCGACAGGGAGGGCACAGGGAAUGCAGUGACAGGUCAGAAGAGACGCGGCAGUGUACUUAUCGUCCACGACGACAGCAGAGAUGUCGCCCCGGGAGAGACCACAGGCACUGAUGAUGCAGGGGACUCCGAUUACGUACCCAAACCACGAGCGGCAGAUGGAGAUGAUGGAGGAGGGCGACGAGUGAGACCGAGGACACGACUCGGGCCGCAAGGGCAGCGAGCACAGGGCACACCAUCGACGAUGAUUCCUGCUCCCAUAGAUCGGCGAGCUCAGGCGCAGCGGUUGCUGCGCAAAAUGGAGGCCACUCUUCAACAGACGCACGGCUCCCGCAUGUUCCCUCGUUGGAGACUUCAUCAGUCCAAAGACACCCACCCCUUCUCACCGGCAGAGGAAAAGAGAGAGAGGAGAGAGGAGGAGAGGAGGAGAGGAGGAGAGGAGGAGGAAGAGAAGGAGGAGGAGGAAGAGGAGGAAGAGGAGGAGGAGGAGGAGGAGGAGGAGGAGGAGGAGGAUAAGGCGUGGUUCUGUUUUCUUCUGAGUGCCCAUACAGGAAAAGAGAGAGGAGAUAGGAGAGCGGAGGAAGAGGAGGAGGAGGAGGAGGAGGAUAAGGAGCGGAUGGCCUCGAAUGGGGUCGGGACAAAAGUUUACUCCGUCGAAUCUAUCAAUGGACGGUGUGAAUCGCAAGGAUCGAGUGGCUGUGAAGGGCUUGUCGCUUCUGAAACCGAUUCCAAGACAAUCAGCGAGAUCAUGCAUGAGGCUAUUGCUGAUAGAGUCUUCCCUGGGGGUGCCAUAGGGUUUGGUUGCAGCUCUGUCCCUUGCUAUCUCCAAGGCUAUGGGACAUAUACAUAUGAAUCUUCUGUCCCAGUGACCCCGGACUCUGUCUUCGACCUUGCAUCCCUUACAAAGGUUCUUGCGACAACCGUGGCUGUAAUGAUUCUAUAUGAGAAGGGGCUCAUAGAACUGGAGGAGUUUGCUUGUAAAUAUUUACCCUCUUUUGGUGAGAAUGGUAAAAAUAAAAUUACGAUCCGGCAUUUGUUAACGCAUACAUCGGGGAUGCGAGAAUGGUAUCCAUUUCUAAAGAUGGGCUUUACGAACCGCGACGAGGUGGUGAACUUCAUUAUCAAAGACAAGUUAUGGUACCCAAUUGGUGGGGCAGCACGGUACAGCGACCUGUCGAUGAUUGUGCUUGGCGUAAUUAUCGAGAGAAUAACUGGGAUCGGUUUCGACGAUUUUGUGGACAGAAGUUUAUAUAAGCCGCUUGGUAUGCGCUCCACCCAUUUCCGUCCGAUCCAAUCAACUGAUUUCGACCCUCGUGUGGUCCCCACAGAGGUGGACAAGGUAUAUCGCAAUCGAUUGCUGUGGGGUGAAGUGCAUGAUCCCACAGCCUAUCUCCUCGGUGGCGUGUCUGGGAAUGCAGGGCUGUUUUCCAGUCUGAAUGACGUCUGUGUGGACUGUGGGAAACAUAGCAUGAAAAUGAGGGCAGUCCGGCCAGCUCUCGCAAAUGCAGCUGUGCUAAUGUUUAGCGAGCAAGCCAUUCCCCGUGUACCGGUGACAUGGCAUCUAGGCGCUCUGCCACACGGCAUGGACUCUUACCCGUGCUCUCGCGACUGGCUUUCACUUCCAGUCACAGUGCAGUCAAGAAGGGCAGGUGCUACGGCCUCCGGCGGCAGACGCAAGGGCCGCCUGACUCGUGGCAAGAGGCAUAGUAGCUUAGACAAGACCUUUGUGAGCCUUAUGGUGUCACAUCUGCAUGGUUAUUCUGUUCCGUCGUUAAUGGACCUGCACUACAGGCACACUUACGUGGAGCGGCAGCUUCAUCCCGUACAUUUCGUUUGGGCGGCAGCGUUCAAUAGUGAAGACGAAGAAGGUCCACAAGCGCUACCUCUGGAUGCGGAUGAUGAGCAUUUUUGUGUGUGCAUGGCUUCCGAGAGCGGAGGAGAUUGCAGAGAGCGGAGGAGCUUGGCAGCUGGUGGCGGCGCCCUGAUCACAUUGCCAGUUGAGGUGGCAUGCCAAGAUGCGAGCACGGGAGCUCAGGAGGAGAUGCUACCCUUGGACACCGAUGACGAGCACUUUUGUGUCCGUGUUGCUGCCGAGACUGUAGAGUACUGCAGGGGCUUGCAGGCUGGUAGCGGCUGCUCGGGCAGCUCAUCGCGGGUGGCCACAUCGGAAGGCGAUGCGAACACCGACACGCACACAACUCUGCAUCCUGUCACGAAUGGCGAGGUCUUUUGUCGUGGUCCAGCUUCUUCGAGCAAACCCUUGGACACCGAUGACGAGCACUUUUGCGUCCGUGUUGCUUCCCAUACCGGAGAAUACGGCAGGGGCUUGCAGGCUGGUAGAGGCUGCUUGGGCAGUUCAUUGCUGGCGGCCACAUCGGAAGGCGAUGCGAACACCAACACGCACACAUCUCUGCAUCCUGGCACAAGCGACAAUAUCUUUUGCGAGGGUGUUGCUUCUCGCAUCAAAGAACAGUAUAAAACUACUUUGCUCAGUAGGCGUGGUACUCUCAACGGCUUUGAGGAGGCGACCUUGGCAGACGCUCCUGCAGAAGCUCAGCAAGUGCAAGCUUGUUUGAGGGAUGCCCUCCCGGACCACCACUCCUCCCUUCGCGCCAGUUCCCGGGGUGAAGCAGAUUCCACCUUCUCAGCUUGUACCAGUGACUUCGGCACCGUCACCACGUCGCCACUGCUUGGCAGCGAUUUCCCUGCCUGCUCACCUGCUGCUUCUCCGAGGGAACGGUCACAGGAGAGUCCCCUCGCAUGCGAAGAUGAUGGCCUUGUGCACCGAAUGGCAAGGCUAGAAGGAAGUCAUGAAUUUGGCGGCGAACUUGGUGCUGUCGCCAACCCCUCGCUGCGGGCGCGAGAGCACAAACAAGAGCAAUCCCUGGGUUUUCCGGCCUCCGUAGACCAAAGGAAGCCAGCAACAACUGACAGACCUACUCAGUCAUCGACACAACCCUCUUCAGGGAGAGGGAGUAAUCGUGAAACCUUAGCAGCGCGCCGGAAUUGGCCGGUCGGCUCCGAGCCGACAGUGCAGCCUGCAAGUCAAGGAAGGAGUCAGUUGAGAGAGGAGGGUCUCUCGAGUCAGCGCAAAGACGAUUGCCAGGGCGAUUCCGCAAGAAUCGGUGCAAGCGAUAUCCUGGACGCUUCUUCCCCUGUCGUGCGACAAGGACUGGGGCAGGAAGCAUCGCUGAAAGUGGGACACGGAGCGACUCAGGAGCAGUUUCAAGGUUCACCAAAGCCGACCGAUCUUCGGAGGUUGGGGAUGAUGUCUGACUCACCGGCGCAGCUGUCGACGCUGACACAGGACUCCUCGCCAAGAACCGGAGGGUGGUCGUCUUUCAGUGAAAGUUUCCUUGUGGCUGAGUGUUCAGGACUUCGCCACCGAGAUGAGGACGAGGGUGACGACGGUGCAUCGUCGCCCACGAAACUGAGCGUGGGUAUCAACGAAGCAUUGUCAACGAAUGGAUCCUCAUCGAGUGGGAUGGAGUUGAACCCGGGUACUCACGAGACGGAUACUCCGAGUGCGGGGGAAGCAUACCGACGAGCGAACUCCGAUCAGUUCUCAAAGAGAAGGCAGUUAUUGCGGAGACAUAGCUGGCAAGUGCAGCUAGCUGGAUAUGCUAUAGUAACGUACUUCAUUUUGACAUUCUUAUAGCUGCAGGUUUUUUUUUUUUUUUUUUUUUUUUUUUUUUUUUUUUUUUUUUUUUUGCGCCUCAUAUGGGGGACAACUUUUGUGCGUGUGUGUGUGUGUGUGUGUGAUGGCGUGUGUGUGUGUGUGAUGGCGUUUCUACAGUUUGCUCAGAUGCUACUCUCUGGUGGGAUCGAUCUCAAAACCCGACGGCGUUUUUUCCGGGAGAGUACGAUGCGGUUAUUCACGACUCCUGGCCCAAGCACAAUUACAAAUCCCUGUCCGUUCGCACUAGGGUGGGAUGUGGCAGUGAGGAGAGGUGCAGAUGGUUAUACAUCUGCUGGCGACUAUACUGGGCCUCGUACGUUUGGCCACACAGGAUACACAGGUACAAUUCCAUACAAACA